GGCCGCUCUCAGGCCUCUCCUCUCUCUGUGGUUAGCAACGACACGAACGUGGGUAGACGUGCCGUUUUGUUGAGAUAAUAGGAAUAUUUUUAAGGGAAUAUUAGACAAUGGCGAAUUUUACCGACGAGUUGUUCGACGUUUUCGAUGAGCACGGCGACGACGAGGAGAUACCGGAGAUUCCACAGAAGAUCGAGCCGGAGGCAGGGGUGAAGAGACAACUCGACGCGGACGAUGACAAGUUGGCUGUCAAAAAGUUGCGACACGAGCCUGUCUUGGAUGAUAUCAAUAUAGAGGAGGUGGCGUGCCGUAUAAAAGUGCAUACGGUAGAAGCUGUAGAAUCCUGUAUGCACGAGAUUGCUAUCCCUCCCGAUCAGGAUUACGUACCUUUGGAGCACAGUCAGGGCAAGCGGGCCAAGGAGUACAAAUUUAUACUCGAUCCAUUUCAAAAGGAGGCAAUUUUAUGCAUCGAGAACAACCAGUCGGUUCUUGUCUCCGCGCACACGUCGGCUGGCAAAACCGUCGUUGCCGAAUAUGCGAUCGCGUGUUCGCUCCGUGAUAAGCAGAGAGUAAUAUACACUACUCCGAUCAAAGCGCUGAGCAAUCAGAAAUACAGAGAAUUUCAUGAGGAAUUUAAGGAUGUUGGUUUAGUAACGGGCGAUGUUACUAUUAAUCCGACAGCGAGUGUACUAAUUAUGACUACUGAGAUUUUGCGAAAUAUGCUCUACAGAGGUUCAGAGGUGAUGCGCGAGGUUGGUUGGGUGAUUUUCGACGAGAUUCAUUACAUGCGCGACAAAGAGAGAGGCGUGGUAUGGGAGGAGACGCUUAUACUGUUACCGGACAAUGUGCACUACGUAUUUCUUUCCGCUACUAUACCAAACGCACGACAAUUCGCCGAGUGGGUGGCGCAUUUGCACAAUCAACCCUGCCACGUGGUGUCGACGGACUACAGGCCUACUCCGCUACAACAUUAUAUCUUUCCAGUUGGUGGUGACGGUAUACAUCUGGUUGUCGACGAGACCGGUCAGUUCAGAGAGGAAAAUUUUAACAGAGCCAUGGCAGGCCUGCAGAACACGGGCGACGCGGCUAAAGGCGACACGAAAGGACGUAAAGGUGGUCUACGCGCUACAAACAGCGGACAAACGAAUAUCUUCAAGAUGGUGAAAAUGAUCAUGGAAAGAAACUUCGCGCCCGUGAUAAUCUUCAGCUUUUCGAAAAAAGAUUGCGAGGUUUACGCGAUGCAAAUGGCCAAGCUGGAUUUAAACACGUUAGAGGAGAAAAAGCUGGUGGAUGAGGUCUUCAACAACGCGGUAGACGUUCUCAACGACGAGGACAAAAAGCUACCGCAAGUUACAAACCUGUUGCCGCUUUUGCGGCGCGGAAUAGGAAUCCAUCACGGUGGACUCCUGCCAAUACUGAAGGAGACAGUCGAGAUAUUAUUCGGCGAGGGUCUGAUCAAAGCGCUUUUCGCCACCGAAACAUUUGCAAUGGGCUUAAAUAUGCCAGCACGGACAGUCCUGUUUACAGCACCACGUAAAUUCGAUGGCAAGGACUUCCGUUGGAUCACGUCGGGUGAAUAUAUCCAGAUGUCCGGUCGCGCCGGCAGAAGAGGUCUCGACGACAAAGGAAUUGUCAUAUUGAUGAUAGACGAGCAAGUGAGUCCCGUCGUUGGUAAAGCCAUCGUUCAAGGAAAACCGGAUCCAAUCAACUCCGCAUUUCACUUGACCUACAAUAUGGUUCUUAAUCUUUUACGAGUAGAAGAGAUCAAUCCAGAGUACAUGUUGGAAAGAAGCUUCUUCCAGUUUCAAAAUCAAGCUGGUAUUCCAGUUUUGUACAAUAAGGUGAAGGAAUUAAGUACCGCUUACAAUACUGUAAAUGUAGAGAGGUACGACGAGAUUUCUUCAUAUCAUGACAUACGCGAACAACUCAAUCGGCUCAGCGGGCAGUUUCAAUCGUUUCUAACACGACCGGAGUACUUGCUUCCGUUUCUACAGCCUGGAAGAUUAGUAAAAGUGAAAAAUGAUAACGAAACGUUCGAUUGGGGUAUCGUAGUGAAUUUUAAGAAGAAAAAUCCGAAAAAUCCCGUAAAGGACAAGACUGUUAUUGUCAUUGACAUUUUACUUCACUUAUCGAAAGAAUCUAAAGAAGGCAAUCCAAUUCCAUGUCGCGAGGGUGAAGAAGGCGAAAUAGAAGUAGUUCCUGUUAUGCAUAAUUUAAUUUCGCAAAUCAGUUCACUCAGAUUAUAUUAUCCAAAAGACCUUAGACCGCCUGAUAAUAGGAAGAGUGUACUGAAAACGAUACGAGAAGUGAAAAAGAGAUUCUCAGACGGUCCACCGUUGCUUAAUCCUAUUACAGACAUGCAUAUAGAGGACCAGGCCUUUAAAGAUGUUGUAAAAAAAAUUGAAGCAUUAGAGGCGAGAUUAUAUGCACAUUCUUUGCAUAAGGACCCCAAUGUAAAUGUGUUGUACGAACAAUUUUUGCACAAGGAAGAAUUGGCUACUCAGCUCAAGCAAGCCAAGGAGGAAUUCAAGCAGGCCAAAUCGUUACUUCAAAUGGACGAACUGAAAUGUAGGAAGCGAGUUUUAAGGAGAAUGGCGUACUGCACAUCGGCGGACGUUAUAGAAUUAAAAGGACGUGUGGCUUGCGAGUUGAACGGUGCCGAUGAGCUGUUGAUGACCGAGAUGAUUUUUAAUGGUCUCUUUAAUGCUUUGAGCGUGCCACAAAUGGUGGCGUUGAUCAGCUGUUUUGUAUGCGACGAGAAGUCGAACGAAAUGCCGAAAAGUACAGAGGAAUUAAGCGGCCCGCUCAGGCAGAUGCAAGACUUGGCUCGAAGAAUAGCAAAGGUAUCGACAGAGGCCAGUCUGGAAUUAGACGAGGAUACGUAUGUCGACAGAUUUAAACCGUAUUUAAUGGACGUUAUAUACGCUUGGUGUAAAGGCGCAACGUUCUUACAAAUUUGCAAAAUGACAGACAUAUUUGAAGGAUCUAUCAUCAGGUGUAUGCGACGCUUAGAGGAGGUGCUUCGACAAUUAUGCCAAGCUGCAAAGGGAAUUGGAAAUACAGACCUAGAAAAUAAAUUUAGCGAGGCGAUCAAACUUAUAAAACGGGAUAUCGUGUUUGCUGCGUCCUUAUAUUUAUAAUGCGGGAAAAAAAGAAUAAAAUUAAUUUCAUAGAGUAAAAAGUUUGCUUUCGGUAUACAUACAUAUAUACAUACAUAUCGAAUAUACAUAUAUAUAUGUGUGUAUAUAAAUUUAUAUGUCCUUAUUAAAUUAUACAUCCCUAUAUGAAUUCCAUUAUAUUGCCCGUUAUUUACAUAGCUCAGUUGUAUACGUUUGUAAUAAACAGAGGCAGCUUUUGUUU